AUGAACGGCAACAGCACAUCGCCGCGCACCAAACGCAAGGCCCCGCCGAGCCCCCAGGGCUUGCGACCUCAUAAGCAGCACCGUGCCCUGAACGGAAAGCUGUCCGCUGGCGACAAUACCCCCGAGGUCGAGCUCGAGCAUGGCGCUUUUGUCGAGGAGGAAGAGUCCGAUUUUGAGGACGCCGCAAGGCUGAACAGCAUGUUUCCCAUUGCCCAGGAGCCCGAGGCCUGGCAGAAGACCAUUGAGAACGUCGUCAGCAACGUUGUCUCCAUUCGCUUUUGCCAAACGUGCUCCUUCGACACGGACGCGGCGUUGACAAGCGAGGCGACUGGCUUUGUGGUGGACGCUCAGAAGGGAUACAUCUUGACAAACCGACACGUCGUUGGAGCUGGACCGUUCUGGGGAUACGUCGUUUUCGACAACCAUGAGGAGGUCGAUGCGUACCCUGUUUACCGUGAUCCCGUCCACGACUUCGGUAUUCUGCGAUUCGAUCCGAAGGCUGUCAAGUACAUGAAGUUGAACGCGCUGGUUCUUCGUCCGGACCUUGCGAAGGUCGGUGUUGAGAUCAGAGUCGUCGGUAACGAUGCCGGAGAGAAGCUCAGUAUCCUGUCUGGCUUCAUUAGUCGUCUCGACCGAAACGCGCCAGAGUACGGAGACGGAUACAGCGAUUUCAAUACGUGCUACUACCAAGCCAACGCUGCCGCGAGUGGCGGUAGUUCUGGCAGUCCUGUUGUGAACAUUGACGGCUUCGCUGUUGCGUUGCAAGCAGGUGGACGAUCCGACGGCGCCUCGACAGACUACUUCCUUCCCCUCGACCGACCGCUACGAGCCCUAGAAUGCAUUCGUCAGGGCAAGCCCGUCACGAGAGGCGACAUCCAGUGCCAAUUCCUCCUCAAGCCUUUUGACGAGUGCAGACGUCUUGGUUUGACGCCAGAGGAGGAGGCUGCAGCCCGGCAAGCUUUCCCCAAGGACAACAACAUGCUCGUUGCCGAAAUUGUUCUACCCAAGGGCCAGUCUGACCAGAAGAUCGAGGAGGGUGAUAUCCUCAUCAAGGUGAAUGGCGAACGCGUUGGGCAGUUCAUCCGGUUGGAUGACCUGCUUGACUCGAACGUCGGCAAGACCAUUCGCCUUCAACUGCAACGAGGUGGUGAGGAUAUCGAGGUCGAUGUUGACGUCGGUGACCUGCACCAGAUCACCCCUGACCGCUUCGUAUCCGUUGCAGGUGCCAGUUUCCACAGCUUGUCCUACCAGCAAGCCCGUCUGCACGGCGUUGCAUGCCAAGGCGUUUUCGUUUGCGAGGCCACUGGUUCCUUCAGAUUCGACAGCGCGGACAAUGGCUGGUUGAUUCAGACCGUGGACCACAAGAAGACCCCUGAUUUGGAGACCUUCAUCGAGGUGAUGAAGGCAAUCCCGGACAAAUCUCGCGUGGUUGUCACUUACAAGCACCUGCGUGAUCUGCACACCCUGAACACCACAGUCAUCUAUGUCGACCGACAUUGGUCGGCUAAGAUGAAGAUGGCGGUCAGAAACGAUGAGACGGGUCUGUGGGACUUUACGGACCUUGCUGAUCCCCUCCCCCCCACGCCGCCUGUCGCCCGCUCUGCUUCCUUCAUCGAGCUAGAGAACGUGAAGCACAAGGCUAUCGCUGACCUAGUGCGAAGCUUCGUCCAUGUCAACUGCACCAUGCCCGUCAAGCUUGAUGGCUUCCCCAAGAACAGGAAGUGGGGCAUGGGCUUGGUCAUUGACGCGGAAAAGGGUCUUGUUGUCAUCUCGAGAGCCAUUGUACCCUACGAUUUGUGUGAUGUGACCAUCACUAUUGCGGAUUCGAUCAUUGUCGAAGGCAAAGUUGUCUUCCUUCACCCCCUGCAAAACUACGCCAUCGUGCAGUACGACCCCAAGCUGGUCAAUGCUCCCGUCCAAAGUGCGAGAUUGAGCACGGACAACAUCACCCAGGGAGCUUCCACCAACUUCAUGGGUUACAAUAGGAUUGGCAAGAUCGUCCAUGCCACGACAACGGUUACCGAAGUCACUGCUGUAGCCAUUCCGGCCAACUCUGGUGCACCUAGAUACCGAGCCAUCAAUGUCGAUGCUAUUACGGUUGACACAAGUCUCAGCAAUCAGUGUGGAAGCGGUGUUUUGGUCGCCGACGAUGGCACUGUCCAGGCUUUAUGGCUCACGUACCUUGGUGAGCGUUCGCCUUGCAGCAACCGGGAUGAGGAAUACCACCUUGGUCUGGCGACGCCCACCCUGUUGCCUGUCGUCUCUCAGAUUCAACAGGGUAUCGUCCCCAAGUUGCGAAUGUUGUCCGUUGAGUUCAGAGCCAUUGCUAUGGCUCAGGCCAGAGUCAUGGGAGUCUCUGACGAGUGGAUUCGUAAGGUCACCGAGGCCAACAAGACGCACCACCAGCUGUUCAUGGUCAGCAAGCGGACCUUUGAGCGCGGCGAGCAGUCGGGCGCUCUGCUCGAGGGCGACAUCUUGCUCACUCUCAACGGCAAGGUCAUCACGAAGGUAUCCGAAUUAGACAUCAUGUACUCCCACCAGGCUCUCGACGCUGUCAUCGUCCGCGACUGCGAGGAGAUCCACAUCAAGGCCCACACCGUCGCCGCCGAUGAUGUCGAAACUGACCACGCCAUCUCUUUCUGCGGAGCCAUCCUGCACCGACCUCAUCAUGCCGUUAGGCAGCAGAUUAGCAAGCUGCACAGCGAGGUGUACGUUUCGGCCCGCACCCGCGGUUCGCCGUCAUACCAGUACGGCCUUGCGCCUACCAACUUCAUCACCCACGUCAACGGCAAGCCGACGCCUGACCUGGAGACUUUCCUCGCCACUGUCCAGGGAAUCCCAGACAACACCUACUUCCGACUCAAGGCUGUCACGUUUGACAGUGUUCCGUGGGUCAUCACCAUGAAGAAGAACGAGCACUACUUCCCAACGACGGAGUGGAUCAAGGAUCCCGCCGAACCCUGCGGCUGGAGAAGGAAGACGUAUGAGGGCGGCAAGGUGUUUGAGGGCGAGGGCCCUGACGGCGUGCUCCCCGUUUCCGAAGACACCGAGAUGGUGGAGGAGCCUGCUGCCUCCAUCUAA